AUGCAGUCCUGCCGAGUGCGCUGUGCCCUGACCCUGCUUUCCCUGGCCUUGGCUGUGAGCUCCAUGUCAGCUGCACCUACAGACCCGAGACUUCGCCAGUUCCUGCAGAAAUCACUUGCAGCAGCAGGAAAACAGGAGUUGGCCAAAUACUUCUUGGCAGAAUUGCUAUCAGAACCAUCACAGACAGAGAAUGACGCCUUGGAAUCGGACGACCUGCCCAGAGGAGCUGAGCAAGAUGAAGUAAGAUUGGAACUUGAAAGGUCCGCAAACUCCAGUCCAGCUCUGGCACCCCGAGAACGCAAAGCUGGUUGCAAGAACUUCUUCUGGAAAACCUUCACAUCUUGUUAG